CAUGUGAAAAUGCGGACAGAGAGAUAAUGAUUCGUAUAAGUAAUGCCAAGAAAACUUGUAAAUCAAACGUUGCCUUUAAUCAUAAAUUUGAUGGAGAUGAAGUUUUACAAAUUGAUGUUAAAUUACCGGAAGAUAUUAAUAUGGAUAACGAUAAUCUAGUAAUGGAGGAAUUUUUCGAUAUUAGAACCUUUGAAGAACAAACUACAACUGAAGAAGGUUUCCAUCCCCAAGAAAAUACCGUCAUCAAUGAAGAUUGGUCAAUUGAUGAUAUCUUUCGGCUUUAUAAAUUUUAG